CGAUCACCGAUCACCGAUCACCGCAUACACCUCUGGAGGUUGUCAAAAUGGCGAAUAACGCUGCAGGAGAGCUAAUGCAGCACCUCGCAGCAAGACACCUUCACCCAAAACCAGCAUGGCUGCAAAGCUUCCUAUCAACUACACGGCCAAAUACAGCACUUGCUGCACUGAAGCAGACAUGUCUCUUUCGUCUUCUUGCAACUGACAUCACAACCUCGCUCAAUCAACCUGCAGCUUCAGUCUUCCCGGAGGACGUGUUGCGAGGCACGGUCCAGUCUCGCUUUCUUGCUGGACCAAUCAUCUGUCAAGUGCUCGACAUCGAAGACAUUGGACAAUCGCGCUGGUCACAAGUCGAAGCUAUCGAGGCAAGGGAGCGCGGCGAGAUGACGAAAGGGCGAGAGAUCGUUCGAGUGAUCGAGUCGGAGAACGACGACUCUGGUCAAGCUGCUGCGCCUGCACAGACCAAAGGCCCAUUCAAACUACUGUUACAGGAUGCGAAAGGGCUACAAGUCUAUGCGGUGGAUCUUCGAGGUAUCGAUGGACUUAACACGAACAUGAGUAUGGGUGUGAAGCUCCUACUUCGAAACAUCGAGGUACGACGAGCCGUUAUUAUGCUCGAGCCUGGCAAUGUGCAGACAUUGGGUGGGAAGCUCGAGGCACUUGACAAGGCAUGGAAGGAAGGGAGAAAAGAUAUACUGAUCAAGGCAGCGAACGCUAGUGGAGAGCUUGCGGGGUGAAUGGUUCGCACGUUGCACACACCUUCCUCGGCAGAAGAAGGUGUACAUAUCUGCAUUGAAGAUAUCUUUGGAAUCGUCACAGGCGGAUCGUUGGAUUUGCGCGGUCAACUACGACCUAUAGGCCUUGUGCAGCACCACGGAGCUUGGUGCAUGACCGUCCACGAUGUCAUUGUUACUCCCGACACUCAUAAUCCAGAUGAUACACUCGUUCGGCUGGACGUUCCGCCCUCAGAUAAAUCCUCCUAUCAAAACGACUCUGAAGAAGGCCGAUUGUUCUAAGUGCGUUGCUACGAAAACCCCGAUCAUAAUAUUGGCCAGUUCAGGUAUCUGCUACUCCGUGUUGUUGAUCCCAAGGAGAAGAUGUUCGAGAGGAUCGGUGUAGCUAUGGGAUUUAGGUUACAGUUGGAUAUUCUGAAGCAGGCCAAAGAAGAUAAGAAGCAAUGCAGGAAUAUCCAUGUCUGCUAUAC